GCGCUCCGCGGUCCGCGAUUCGGCCGGCCCUCUGCUAUCAUUCCGGUGAUUCGUUUGUGCGCGUGCAGUCAACACCGACAACACGCUUGCACCCCGCAUUAUUUAGUCUAUGGUCAUUUGACAGUUCACAAUGUUCACAUUUCUGGCGUUGUCGAAUUUAUCACGAGAUAAACACAAGUUUUAUUAACUUUUUUUACUAAUUAUUGUCUGGAUAUUCAUUAAAAAAAGAUCACAACAAGUCAAAAUUCGCAUAUGGGGUGGAAUUAUUAAUUUACAAAUCGUGGAAUGUUGGCUCUACUGUCCGAAAAUUCUGACUCGGAACAGGUGUUUUUGAAAGAAAUGUGUUGCAGUUCCCAGCGUUAUUAAUUUUUAGUGUCGUGAAUAAUAAAAAAGUGUAUCGAUCCGCGUCGGCCGGAUCGCACGGUCGCUCGUUAUUUUGGCUCGGAAGGACUGGACGUCGUUUGGCGUUCGUAAACAACUGAUAGAUAUAAAGAAGGACGCCACUCUGUCUCCGAGAAUCAUUCACAUGAUGAGGUGGUUCAGGCCGACGGCCGAGAGGUCCAGCUAGGGGCUAUGGUGCAGCAUCUGAGCGAGCAGUGGGUGAUGACCGCGGGCGACCGGUGAGGUGGCGCCGUGGCGAGGAUGCCGCACCAGUUCGGCGCGGGCCUGGGCGGCGCGGUGGGCGCGGCGGGGGGCGGGUCGCCGCCGCCGCAGCACGGCGCGCUGUUCCCGCGGUACGCGAGCGCGGCGGGCCCCGGCGCCGGCGCCUACCGCCCCGAGGAGCGCCGCCUCACGCGCGAGGCAAUGGAGCGCUACCUGCGAGACCGCGCCGACAUGAUCGUCGUUAUACUGCACGCUAAAGUCGCGCAGAAGUCCUAUGGCAAUGAGAAAAGGUUUUUCUGCCCACCACCCUGUAUAUACCUAUUUGGUGAUGGCUGGCGGCUGCGGCGUGAGCGCAUGCUGCGCGAAGGUGAGACGGAGCAGGCGGCCCAGCUCUGCGCCUUCAUAGGCAUAGGAAACUCUGACCAAGACAUGCAACAGCUUGAUCUGAACAAUGGGAAACAGUACUGUGCAGCUAAAACCCUGUACAUAUCAGACUCUGACAAGCGAAAGCACUUUAUGCUAUCAGUUAAGAUGUUUUAUGGAAACGGACAUGACAUUGGUAUAUUUAAUAGUAAGAGAAUAAAAGUAAUAUCUAAGCCUUCUAAGAAGAAGCAGUCAUUAAAGAAUGCAGACUUAUGUAUUGCGAGUGGUACGAAGGUAGCUUUAUUCAAUCGUCUAAGGUCACAGACAGUGUCAACUAGAUAUCUGCAUGUAGAGAAUGGGAACUUCCAUGCGUCGUCCACACAGUGGGGAGCGUUCACGAUUCACCUGCUGGAUGACAAUGAGAGUGAAUCUGAGGAAUUUGCAGUGCGAGACGGUUAUGUACACUAUGGGUCCACUGUGAAGCUUGUCUGCUCUGUGACAGGCAUGGCUUUGCCUAGGCUAAUAAUACGAAAGGUAGACAAGCAGAUGGCCCUCCUAGAGGCCGACGACCCGGUCUCCCAGCUCCACAAAUGCGCGUUCUACAUGAAGGACACAGAGCGCAUGUAUCUGUGUCUAUCACAAGAGCGAAUCAUACAGUUCCAAGCCACGCCGUGCCCUAAAGAGCCCAAUAAGGAGAUGAUCAAUGAUGGGGCUUGUUGGACUAUUAUAUCCACGGAUAAAGCGGAGUACCAGUUCUAUGAAGGCAUGGGACCCGUCAGGUCCCCAGUGACACCGGUACCCCUCGUCCACUCCCUCAACCUCAACGGCGGCGGCGACGUCGCCAUGCUAGAGCUGGCCGGCGACAACUUCAUACCAUCGCUACAAGUGUGGUUCGGAGACGUGGAAGCGGAGACGAUGUACCGCUGUGCGGAGUCCAUGCUGUGUGUGGUGCCGGAUAUAUCGCAGUUCAGGGGGCAGUGGCUGUGGGUGGGGCAGCCUACGCAGGUGCCCGUGUCCCUCGUCCGCAACGAUGGCAUCAUCUACGCCACGGGUCUCACGUUCACGUACACGCCCGAGCCCGGCCCGCGGCCCGCCUGCACGCCCGUCGACGACGUCAUGCGCCCCGAGGCCGCCGCCACGGCCUGGCAUCACGAGCCGCACGCGGGGCAUCCUGCGCAUCCGGCCCAUGCGCUGCAAUAAGAAAUGAUUGCCCCUUGCGACGGCUGCGCGAUGAACUCGGUACGUGGAAUAAGGCACCGUCACAAUGGAUCGGCUGCAUGACCUGCGACACGGCCAUCCUGACUGAGUGCGACCCGUGGUGUACGACACCAACCAAAGAAUCAAGAUAGAAUUCUCGAUUCGGUGAGUGAAUUGCGAACAUUAUAAAGUCCAUUCCAGCUGUUUUGUUAUAUUUGGUAAACAAUUAAAAUGCACAUAAUCAGUCUUAAACACUCGCAUGGUUUACAGGGUUAGCACGCGAUUCGUAGCGAUGUUGAGCGAAUGACAGCUAUCAGCGUUAUAUAUACACCGUUAACGUCAAAAUGUGCUGCAACUCGCAAUUCGCGAGCUAUUUUAGCGAACAAAAUGUAUUUUAAUUUAUAAAAUUGUUUACCAAGUACAACGUAUAAGUGAUGUAAUAUUGGAUGGACCGUAGUUAGUUUCGAUAGUGCCUAGAAAGCUUUAUUAUUGAUACGGAGUGCCACGUCGAACGCUUCGCCGACUGUGAAACGACGUGCCUCUUUUGUAAACGUGUUUUUAUUAAUUAUUAUCGAGAUUAUCACACCAAAAUGAUAUGUUAAGCUCAGAUUAUUUCUGUGAGACUCGGUCGAGCUAUUACUAUAAUCUACUAACAGUGCGUCAGAUGUUACCACAUGUUAAAGAGACAUCAAGACCUGAACUAUGUCUAACAUCUCAGAUACUGUAAGUAGUGAUGUCAUAAUAAGGACAAAGCUAGCGAGACCGCUCGUUAAACCUAGUAAUUGGGACGUUUAGAGUGAUUAAGAUAUUUUCUCGCAGCUAAUAUGCAAGACAACUUUGUCGCUUGUCAAUAAGACGCCACUGGCAAACAUUGCAAUUAGAAAUCACCCUUCUUGACUUGACAACCGACAAAUUGUUACAUUUGCCUGAGAACACAGUCUAUCUGUCUGUGAACUAUAUCUCGCUGACAUCAAUGUGUUCAGCCUCUCACUUUUACACUCUUCUUCUUAUAGAAAGACAUUUCGAAAGACUUGUCAACUGUAUAUUAUCGUGUAAACCAAGCUUGCAUUAAGCCAAUGAAAUAGCCGCUUGUAUAUGGAAGUUAGUUCCUACACUGGCAUUUAACAUUUGCCAAUAUAAAAUUAAUGUACGUAUCGAAACGUGGAAGAUCUCUCUGCUCUUAGAUUUGUUUCUUCGGGGCCAAAUAGCUGUAAUCCAUGACAAGUCAUUCAGUAUGUUGUAACGAUUUUGAUUAGUAUUACAUAAUUUUAACUUGUGUUGACGGUUAUAUGUGAUGGGAUUUUAAACGCGCACGCUUAAAAACUUUAUAGAUAACGAAAUAACGCGACGCCAAAUAAGUUCGGUUAGGUUAAUUUAUACUGUCUCUUUGCACAAUUUGUUUCUUUCAAAAAUAGACAAAUCAACUAUAGAAUCGAAUUCAAGUAGAAAAUAUGUCGUCGAGCAGUUUCAGAACAACUAACUAUAGAUGGUCAAGCAAAUCUUGUCAGUAGAAAAAGGCGCGAAAUUCAUAUUUUCUAUGAGACGAUAUCCCUUCGCGCCUACAUUUUUCAAAUUUGCCGCCUUUUUCUACUGACAAGAUCUGCUUGACCAAAUAUAUUUAGAUUGUCAAACCACAAAAUUAAAUAAUUGAUAAUCCAGUUGCCACAAUUCGUAUGACGCCGCAUUUCAACAACAUUUUGCUUCUGUGUGAGCUACUGUAGUUGUUUUGUCUAUGACUCAAGUCAAUUCUAACUUCACUUUAGUUACUGCUAAGAUGCUUUAAUAAAAGAUUGUUGUAGACAACCUCAAAGACGCCGGAGUUGCAAUAUUUGUCAUUAGUGCACCGAAUAUCUCAUUUUACGGCAACCGCUAGUUAUAGAAUGCUCUAAGAUUACUUGUAUUAGAUUUUAAUUGUAAUCAGUUUGAUAAAAUUAUUUGCACACGCCCAAGGGCUCGCAGCAAGCUGAUAUGGCAUAUUGUAUAAUAAAUUAACCGAGACUUUAAAGAACAAAUAGAUAGUUAAGCUAGUUUUAGUACAUAGUACAGUUUCGUAUUGUUGAAAAACACAAAUUGAAAUUAUAUUUAUUUUUAAUCCAAUUUAAUUUUGUAGGAAACUUGUGUGGAAAAAAUCUGAUUCGAUGUUUAUUAUAAGCAAAAGUGUGAUUUCCAACAUUCCAUUCGGAACGUGUAAUAUUGAAGUACAAAAAAUAACAAUAUUUUUGUAGCACAACAUUUGAUUAUCGAGAUAAUUUUAUGGAAUUGGUCGUACAGUAUUACAAAUACGUUAGAGUUAGAGAUUGGUAUAAUUAAAUAAAUACGCAGUAAUUACGUCAAUUUGUAUGAGAUGGUCGAUUGUCUUUUUAAAAUGUUGUUUACUCGUGAGUUUUUAUCAUUUUACAUUUGGUAAUUAUAUAUUUGAAAAUUCGUGUUUAAACGAACUGCUCGUGUAUAAUAAGUACCCACUAUGAAUCGAAGCGGUGGAUUUGAAAUAUGAAUAUUUUUAAUAAAACUGAAUUUAAAUAAAAA